AUGGAUGUCCUUCAUGAAGAAAACGAAAACUUCUUCAAUACUUCCUAUUCAGGAAAGAGCAUCUAUGAAUGGAAUAUUGAUGGCGGUAGUGAUAAACAUAUUAUUACUCAAUGCCAUCGCAUGCUUAUGUAUGGUUCUGCUUGCAGAAUUAGUGGUAACAAUGAUUUACAGACUGCUCAAGCCAUUACGGUUGGGUUUACGGGCCAGCUUAAAGAUGGUGAAACUAAACCUAAUGCGGUUUACUCUCUUGUUCUUACCAUUCUCGAACAUUUUACUGGUAGAUUUACUAAUAAAUCUGAAAACACCAAAACUCUUCUUUUAAAUAUGAAGUGUAAAACACUUUCUGAUUUUAGAUGGUACAAAGAUACUUUUCUAUCACGCAUUUUCGAUAUUCCUGAAUGCAAUCAGGAUAUUUGGAAAAACAAGUUUGUUGAUGGUCUUCCUUACUUGUUUGCUGAAAGGAUCAAAAAGGUCCUUAGAAAAGACUCAGAUCAUAUUGCAUAUGAGGCUUUUACAUUUGGCCAAAUCGUUAGUACUUGUAUUCAAGAAGGACUAAGUCUUUGUAAUGAAAUCAAGCUAAGAAAUCAGAUCCGUAAGGAUAAUCUGUUAGAAAGAAAACUGCUUGGUCAUUUUUGUGACCAGUUUGGCCUAGACAAUCCUGGCAAAAAAGAUUUUCAUAAGAAUAAAAGAGAAUUUAAUCAUAAACCUAAUUACAGGAAAAGAAGAAGACAUUAUGAUGAUAAUAAACAGAUUAACCAUUCUAGAGAUAAGCAAGAUAACGACAAGGGAAGAAAUCGUUAUCAUAAAAAGAGGUCCUACAAAAAGGAUAGUAAUUUUCUUAGCAAAAUUGUUUGCAGAAAAUGUGGUAGAACAGGUCACUAUGCUAACCAAUGUUAUGCUAAAGAUAAGAUUAAAAAUCUUGAUAUUGAUGAUAAUUUAAAAGAAACCCUUUAUAAAAUUGUCAUGAAUUCUGAGGAUGAUACAGAUUCUAAUAGAUCUGAUUCCUCUCAAGAAUCGGAUUUUUCCGAUGAUAUUUCUACUAAGAGUAAUGAAUGUAAUAAUUGUGCUCUUGGUCCACCCUGUCUUAAAUCGUCAUUAAAGAAGCUUGUUUCUUCAGAAGUCUUAGAGUCUUCUUAA